UUGUGAGGAAUUUGUGUUUGUGAUUGCUUUAUCUUCUGAUCUCUAAACAGUACUUCCUGGUGGACGGCUUAGAGCUCCAUUUUCUCUCAGCUUUUCUGCUUUGGAGAGAGAAGAGUGUGUGAUUCAUGGCGGCAACAAAUGGGUCAAUCUUUCCGUCUUCCGCACAAACCUUUUUGGCUUUGAGGUCCAUCUCUAGCAAUAAAGCAACUCAUCUUGUUCCCACCCCUCUCGCUAGCAAUUUUUUGGGUUCUUCUCUCUCAAGAAGUCCCUCUGAGAAGAAGAAAGUUGUGAAGAUUAGUGGGAAAGUAUGUGUUGCUAUGGCUGUUGCAACCUCUCCCGGGGAGGAAAUAAAGGAGUUCACGCUUCCCUCAUGGGCUAUGUUUGAACUUGGGAAGGCUCCUGUAUACUGGAAAACUAUGAAUGGUCUUCCUCCGACUUCUGGAGAAAGGCUAAAAAUUUUCUACAACCCAGCUGCGACUAAUUUCGCUCCAAACGACGAAUUCGGGAUUGCAUUUAAUGGAGGAUUUAAUCAGCCUAUAAUGUGUGGUGGAGAGCCAAGGGCAAUGCGAAAGAAAUCUAGAGGAAAAGCUGAUUCCCCAAUAUAUAGUAUCCAAAUAUGCAUUCCCAAGCAUGCUCUGAAAUUGAUCUUUUCGUUCACAAAUGGAGUUGAUUGGGAUGGUCCGUACAGAAUGCAAUUUCAGGUUCCUAAAUCUUGGCAAAACAAGCCAAUUGAAUUCUUCAAUGAGGGUCUAGCAGAAGAGUUGAGCAAAGAAGGUGCAUGUGAUAGAGCAAUCUUUCCAGACGCAAGCAUAGUUGUCACUAGAUGUGCUAUGAUUGGCAAUUUAUCGGUAGAAGGGGGUGAUCGUUGCAACCUUAAUCUCGUACCAGGAUGCACCGAUCCCAGCUCGCCAUUUUAUAACCCGCUUGCCAACGUAGAUGAUGGAUCCUGCCCGAUUGAUACUGACGAUGAAGCCUAGCAUAUUGCAGCAUUUCCUGGUGAAUUCACAUAGAAAUUUCUGUUACAUAUUACAGUCUACGCAUAUAUAGAAAAGGCCAGUCCUGUUCCAAUCUCCUCCACCAACCUUGUACUAAACACGGUCUUGCUGGUGAUUUUUCACUCAUUAUAAUGUUGUAGUUAGUUAUUCUUGUGUUGGUCAUAAUGGGUUAGGUGGAAAUUGGUGAUUCUUAUUCUAAUACUUGAAGAAGAAGAAGAAAAGUACAAAAAAAGUAAUAAGCUCAAAACAAGGGUGUGCGACUGAAUAAUGCUCUUCAACAUUAUAUACAUUCAUAUACAU